AUUUUACAGAGGUACUGCAACUAACUCGUAGUGAGGAUGUUGUGGUUAUGUACACAGUCGACAGCUGUCUGAGAGUUGUUUUGUAACAGCUCCUGGAAGAGCUCACAAGGCAUGGAGUUGAGCUCGGACAGUGUGGUGGCACCGUCGGACAUGUCGCAAAUCAAAAGCAAAGACGAUGUUGACGGUGACUACGAGAGCUUGCCCCCUCAUGUCUCAGUUAUGACCCACAUGACAGCAGGAGCCGUGGCUGGCAUUCUGGAGCACACAGUGAUGUACCCCGUGGACUCUGUCAAGACAAGGAUGCAGAGCCUGCAGCCAGACCCAAAUGCACAGUACAGGAGUGUGUAUGAGGCUCUGAAAAGGAUCAUCCGAACUGAGGGGAUCUUCAGACCGCUGAGGGGCCUCAACAUCACCAUGAUAGGAGCAGGACCUGCCCAUGCGCUCUACUUUGCCUGCUAUGAACAGGCUAAACGCUCACUAAGUGACGUCAUUCAGAGUGGAGGCAACAGCCAUUUAGCCAACGGUAUAGCAGGUAGUGUGGCCACUGUUCUCCAUGAUGCAGUCAUGAACCCUGCUGAAGUGGUAAAGCAGAGGAUGCAGAUGUACAACUCUCCAUAUCGAGGACUUUGGGAUUGUAUUCAAACAGUAACACGCACUGAAGGCAUCGCAGCCUUCUACCGUAGCUACAGCACACAACUGGCCAUGAACAUUCCCUUCCAGGCUGUUCACUUCAUGACGUAUGAGCUAAUGCAGGAACAGUUGAACCCCCACAGACAUUACCACCCUGGCAGCCACAUAGUGUCGGGAGGGGCGGGACGGGCCGUUUCUGCAGCAGUAACCACUCCACUUGAUGUUUGUAAAACACUGCUCAACACACAAGAGAAUGUAGCGCUCAACUCCAUGAACAUCGGCGGUCACAUAUCAGGAAUGGCUAAUGCCUUCAGGGCAGUGUACCGGCUGGGUGGUCUGACAGCUUUCUUCAAAGGGGUCCAGGCUAGGGUUAUAUAUCAGAUGCCCUCCACUGCCAUUGCUUGGUCAGUGUACGAGUUCUUCAAGUACUUCCUGACGAAGCAACAGCUGGAACAACGGGCAGGGCCUGGGCCGCUGUAAGAGAAAAUAUGUUGGAGCAACCUCACCCAGAAUGAACUCCAACCUGAAGGUGUGUGAGCUCCACGUGUUUUUUUGCUGUAGAGGAAAUAACAUCAUUGUGUUGGAGGUGUGGCAGAGAAUGACACUCCUUAUUGUUCACUUACGUAAGUCUGUGCGUGUUUCUGAUGUGGGAUGAUCUUGCUCAACCAGUAUAUGCAACAGAGAUGACAAUUCCUAAAGGACAGAUACGUGUAAAGGAGUUGUUGUUUCUCCUCUGCGACACAAACGGAGCACACCUAGCUCUUUUCUACAUGUGGUGUCCAUAUAAUAACUUUUUCUUAAAUGAUCUUUAUGGUGGUUAAUACUGGAACUUUUUAUUUAUUUUGGUAGCUUUCUGAGGCUUGUGGAAGAAACACAAUGCUGUUUCUUUUACUUUAUGGUAUACUUAUAAAGAACUAUUACAGUGCAUUCCCAAGUUUCCACUCCAGGGUGGAUGGAACAGUUGAGCUUUCCAAGUGCCUAAAAAUAUUAAAUGCUACUUCACCUUUUUUCCUCUUUUACUGUCCUGUUUGUGACAGAUGACAUACUUCCAUUUUUCCUUUUUAAUUUGGUGCAAAUUGUAUAAAAAUGCAUACACAGUUGUGUUGUAAGAAAUAAUCUGGCAGUGGCUUUUUAUAACAACACAUUUGUCAAGCCUCAACCUAUUAAACUGGAUUUUAUUUAUUUUAUUUAUUACCUGCAGCAGUGGUCAGGUUCCAGUCUCCAGAAUUUCUUUUUACUUGUUGCCUUUUUAACUGCCAAAUACCAGAUUUUCCCUCCUGAGAGAGCCACUGUCUCUCUCAGUAUCAAGGUACAGUGCCUAUAAAAAAGUAUUCACCCCUUUGGAAUUGACUGCUUUUAUUGAUUUUUAUAAAUCAA